AAAAUAUGCGCGGCUAAAAUUCGAAAGCCAGGUCCCAGACCUCAACCCCGUUUUGGCCGUCAAGCAUUCCAUUACUACCCCAAGAUCAAAUUGGCCUGUUCUAUCUACCUAUGCGCCUGGCACAGACCACGCCGUCGACAUAUUGUUAGCCAGCAAAUCUGACGUCCCUCCGCCUUUUCGCCUGGUCACGAAUAUCUGCAGGUCAACACACAGGAGCCCAUCACCAAUAUCGAGCGUCCCGUCUGGGCUUGCCGCAGGGAUAGCCGUAGCAGCAGAUUGCUGCGAGCGCAUCGCAUGGCAGGCUUUCCCUUCCGCCUUCUGAGGUGGCGGAACCCUCAGAAGGCUACACUUCCGGUUUACGAGCAACUACCAUCCCCGUCUCCAACCAAGGAGAAAUAUCAUGCCAACGCACCGUCAGACCGAGACAAUGAUGACGACGACGACAUCAGCAGCGACGAGGACGACUUGAGCGACGAUGACCUCGAUGGAGACUACUCGGACGCAUCAACGCCUAGCGCUUCCAGGUCAAGGCAGUCAUCGGGCUCGUACUCGUCGGCAACUCGCAUGCUGCCCAGGAGGCCAACAUUCCGCGCCAUGCCCCGACGGCCCACCCGCUCUCCAUUCUACCGCCUUCCUAACAGGAUAGUGCGCUACCUUUGUGCCGGCAUGAUGAUUGGUAUCCUGCUAUUGAUAUUCAGUCUGGUCCGUGCGAGCCAGCUCGAGAACAGGAGGCUGGCCGAGGGCAAACUGCCGAAGCCCAAGGCCGCCCCGCCCGCCUGGGAGUCCUAUCCUUUCCUGACCAGAUACUACGGCGGCGUCCGGUCCCUGAUCCCCCUGGCCGACAACAGCCCCGAAUACCCCCGGCUGGAGGAUGAGGCGGUGAACAAGUCAUCGCCGGCCGAUCCUUCGCUGUCCCCGCCACGCGAGAGCACCAAGGCCGCACCUGCAAAUGGAAACUUCCCUGAGAGCAAGGAGUUCGCCACUCAGUACCCGUCAUCAGUGUUUUCCAAGCAUCAGCAGAUUGCCGAAUGCUUCCUUGAUGCCGAGGGAACCGUCAAGGUGCCUCCCGUCCGGUACUUUGACGGGCGGCCCAGUGGGUUUCCGGAUAACAUCAUGGGGUCCUACGAGCUCCUUGCUCUCCCUGAGGAUAUCUGUUUCGACCGAUACGGCCGCUACGGCCCCUAUGGCUUUGGCUAUUCUACUCGCAACGGCGGUCUCGGUAUCGGCGAGCACGGCGACAGUGAGGGCGCCCAGGCCGUCUGGGCGUCCUCACGGCAGGUCGAUUUCCGCUCCGUCAACUGGGCCGACGCCCAGCGCCGCUGUUAUGAAUCAAAUUCUGCCCGCUUCAAGGCUUUCGAGUUAAAGGCGGCGCCUCCCCGCGGAUUCUACGUUGGCCAGCGCCCUAACGACACGAAGAGCCGCCGUCGCCGUGGCGGGGCCUCGGCUUCCAAGGAGGACAACACCGCCACUGCCGUCCCGGGCGCACAGGCAAAGCAUUCAAACUCGACCAAAACGCCCCCGUCGGAGACACAGCGGCAUGGGCGAGAGUCCAGGACGGCUGUUGUCAUCCGAUGCUGGGAUGAGUACUUGUUCAAGGAAGAGGACAAGAUGAACCUACGGUCGCUCAUAACGGAGCUCUCUCUCGCAUCCGGUGGUCGCUAUGAUGUUCAUCUCCUCGUCCAGGUGCGCAACGACGUGGCGCACCCAAUCUGGGCCGAUGAUGAGGCGUAUCGGGUCAGGAUCGAGGCAACCAUUCCAGAGGAGUUCCGCGGCCUGGUGACGCUCUGGACCGAGACGCAGAUGCUCUCGCUGUAUCACGGUAUCCCUGACCUGUUCACGCGAGGCCCUGAGCAUCCCGUGCAUGGUGCCUACCGCGGCUUGCAGAUGGCCAUGCAGUACUUUGCCCAUACGCACCCCGAGUAUGACUUCUUCUGGCAGUGGGAGAUGGACAUCCGCUACACAGGGCAUCACUACGACCUCUUCUCCCGCCUGGAGCAGUGGGCAUCGCAGCAGCCGAGGAAGGGCAUGUGGGAACGCAAUGCGCGUUUCUACAUGCCUUCUGUGCACGGGACCUGGGACGACUUCAGGCAGAUGGCUCGCGUACAAACCGAGAUGGGCACGACUGGAGCGGACAACAUAUGGAGCGGUCUGGGCGGAAAGGGCCCCGGCGGCAAGGCGGCUGUUCAUGGGGAGCCAAGCGUUUGGGGCCCGAGGCGCGCCCAGGACCCCAACGACUGGUUCGAGGAGGAGAACGACCCAGAGCCGCCCACGACGGCCGAGCGGGACAAGUACAAGUGGGGAGUGGGCGAGGAGGCAGACUUGAUCACGCUCUCGCCAAUCUUCGACCCCGAGGGUACAACUUGGCUGCUGGCCGACGACAUCGCUGGCUACAAUGAGACGGACGGAAAGGGCAAGCCACCGCGCAGGGCAGCCAUCAUCUCGGCCGCGCGUAUGUCGAGGAGACUGCUUCUCACCAUGCACCGCGAGACAGCGCUGAAGAAGCACCACGCCUUUCCCGAGAUGUGGCCGGCAACGGUGGCGCUCCAUCACGGUUACAAGGCCGUCUAUGCUCCCCAUCCCCUCUUUGUGGACCGCCGCUGGCCGACGGACCUGAUGGCACGCCUGUUCAACGGCGGUCGUAAUGGGGCCUCGGGUGGCUCGCGCACCUCGGUCUUUGGCCAGCGCGAGCACAACUUCAAGGGCAUGUCGUGGUUCUACAACUCGGGCUUCGGGCCAAACCUGUAUAGGCGCUGGCUCGGUCUCCAGGUCAACAACGACGGGGGCCCCUCCUUUGAAACGAGCGAGGACGAGCAAAGGGAAGAGAGCGGCACCGUCGGCCAGAUGCGAGGUGGAGAGGGCCGCAUGUGCCUCCCCCCAAUGCUACUCCAUCCUAUCAAGGACGUUGAUCUUCCAGUUGACCGAAACCUGGACGAGACCUUCGACGGCCAUGGUGUGUCCGGCACGGAUCCGUCACUUUGAGUGUCGAGCAGGGUUUUUCUUUCUUGUGACUGAAUUUCUUGUUCUGGGGAUCUGACCGCGUUCACCAUGCGUAUCCGGCCGGCGAACGAAUUUCUUGCGAACUGCAUGGCGUUUUAUAUGGAUGGGAUUAUUGCUAUUUGUUAUUUGAAGCUGUCUGGGAUUUGUUACACGAUGAUAUGUGUCGAGAAGGGGACGGUUCGUUCCAUACCAGGGUUGUUGGUUUAUAGACGCGUUAAUGUUACCCCCGCACUGUUGUCAUCUCUGUCAAAUCUACCUCACAAACGCUGGAGAUGUAGCUGCAAUGAUUAAAACACACGCUCACAGACAGUGACAGGACCAAAAUUCGGGACAUUGAAUCUGUUAGCUAGGGACUUGACUGGAAAGCGCAGAAGAG